AUGGUUGAAAUACCACGAGUUACUGAGGCAAGGAAAGUGUGGACGACACUCAUCACCAACACAAAAUAUCUCUCGGGCCUCAUCACGCUCGACUUCAGUCUCAAGAAGCAAGGCUCCAAAUACCCCCUUGUCGCCCUGUACACCGAUGACUUCCCAGCUGAAGGACACGCCGCGCUCGAAGCACGGGGAAUCCCCAAGCAGAGAAUCGAGUACCUGCUUCCGAAAGCAGGGAAGGACUAUUCCAAUGACCCACGCUUCUACGACUGCUGGUCCAAACUCACACCCUUCAGUCUCGUAGAGUAUGACAGGGUUGUACAACUCGACAGUGAUAUGCUGGUACUGCAGAACAUGGAUGAGCUGAUGGAGAUGGAGCUUGAUGGGCCGGAGUUGGGGGGUAAAGGGAAGAAGGUGUUUGCGGCAGGGCAUGCGUGUGUUUGCAAUCCGUUGAAGAAGCCGCAUUAUCCCAAGGACUGGGUCCCAGAAAAUUGCGCCUUCACAAGCCAACACACCACCCCUGACAUCGCGCAAACAACCGGACCCGACCCUGCCGUCGGUCCCCUAGGCUUCAUGAACGGCGGCCUGCAAGUCGUGAACCCCUCCAAAACUGUCUACGGCCUGAUCCUCGCACACAUGGAAUCGGAUGCCGCCAUCGACAUGGAUUUUGCCGACCAGUCGCUCCUCUCUGACCUGUUCAAAGGCUGCUGGGUCCCGUUGCCGUAUAUCUACAAUGCGCUGAAAACGCUGAGGUGGGAGAACGUGCAUAGUGAGAUCUGGAAGGAUGAUAAGGUGAAGAAUGUUCAUUAUAUUUUGGCUCCGAAGCCGUGGGAUGAGAUGGAUGGAGAGGGGAAUAGUGUCUCCAAGGAUCCGACACAUGUUUGGUGGGUGGAUUAUAAUAAUGAGAGGCUAGCGCUGGAGAAGAAGGAGGGGAUAAAGGUAGAUGGGUUUUAG